GAGUGAAGUAGCAGCAUCCUCAGGACCUGGCAGAGAAACCAGUGCUGGCAUUAGCCCUACUUAGCAGCUAUUACAGGCUCGCAGAGGCUGAAGAGUGCUCCUGGCGUAAAGGAAAGCAAGACAAGAGGUACCAGAUCGUCCAAAGAGCUUCUGGGAAUAAAACAGCGACCUGGGAGUUCUUGAGCCAGCUUCUCCAGAGGAGGGGCCUGCCAACUCCUCAUUGUCUUGCUGGAUUUGCAGUCAGAUGCCUUACACUGGCAGGCUGUGGGCAGGCAAAGAGUGUUUUCCCCUGUAAGUUGGGUACAAAAAGAUCGGCAUGCGAGAGGCUUCUUCUGAGACAGCUGCUUUGAGAGAAUGCAGAAGCAGGGAGCAGCCAGAAAUUUCUCCUGGCACAAAGUGCCCGGGGGAGGAGUCCACUUUGCUAAAUAUUGUCAUCUGCUGAAAGAAGGUGUGUGCUCAAGGAGUUUUUAACCUGGAAGAUCAUUAACUCUUUCAUUCAGCGGUCCGGAGGCGGCUCUGGAGUUGGUCUUGGAAGCGUCUGCACACAGAGGUCAGGGAGCAGGCGUGGAGUGCGUUUCCAUGGGGGACCACCUUGAGAAGAGCCACCAUGCUUUACUCAACGAAGGAGACGAGAAUGAGAUGGAAAUAUUUGGCUAUCGGACUCAAGGCUGUCGGAAGGCUCUUUGUCUCAUUGGGUCCAUCUUCUCUCUUGGAAUGCUCCCAUUGAUAUUUUACUGGAGACCAGCUUGGCGUGUCUGGGCAAACUGUGUUCCAUGUUCCCUGCAAGAAGCAGAUGUUGUGUUGCUGAAGACAACAGAUGAAUUCAAAAUUUAUUCUUGGAAAAAGGUAAUAUGGAUCUCCCUGUCAGCAUUGAGCAGCACGUCUGGUCUCACUCCUGACCACCCUCUCAUUACAGAUGAGGAAUACAUCAUAAACAGAGCCAUACGAAAGCCAGAUCUAAAGGUGAGAUACAUAAAAGUGCAGAAAAUACGGUAUGUUUGGAAUAAUUUAGAAGGACAGUUUCAAAAAAUUGGCUCUCUGGAAGACUGGCUCAGUUCUGCAAAGAUCCAUCAGAAAUUCGGAUUAGGUCUGACUUCAGAGGAGCAGGAGAUCAGGAGGUUAAUAUGUGGGCCUAAUGCUAUUGAUGUUGAAAUCACACCUAUUUGGAAACUGCUCAUCAAGGAGGUUCUAAAUCCAUUUUACAUCUUUCAACUCUUCAGCGUCUGUUUGUGGUUCAGUGAAGAUUACAAGGAGUAUGCUCUUGCCAUCAUCCUCAUGUCUGUCAUUUCCAUAGCUUUGACCGUGUAUGAUCUCAGACAGGAACUGCAUUACUGUGGAGCUGGAGCCCAAGACCUGGAAUCCCGCCUCCUGGUGCCUGGAGAUUUAUUAAUUCUGACAGGGAGCAGAGUGCAAAUGCCAUGUGAUGCCAUUCUGAUUGAUGGCAGCUGUGUGGUAGAUGAAGGCAUGCUGACAGGAGAAAGCAUUCCCGUCACUAAAACUCCACUAUCCCAGAUGGCUAGCUCUGCACCCUGGAAGAUGCAGUCUGAAGCAGAUCCCAGGCGGCAUGUUCUCUUCUGUGGUACAGAGGUCAUCCAGGCCAAGGCAACUGGCUCUGGGACUGUGAGAGCUGUGGUCCUGCAAACAGGAUUCAACACUGCAAAGGGGGACCUUGUGAGAUCCAUCCUGUACCCCAAGCCCAUGAACUUCAAGCUCUACAGGGACGCCAUCAGGUUCCUCCUAUGCCUUGUAGGGACAGCCACCAUUGGCAUGGUCUAUACUCUGUGUGUCUAUGUGCUUAGUGGGGAGCCUCCAGAGGAGGUAGUAAGGAAAGCUCUGGAUGUUAUCACCAUUGCAGUGCCUCCUGCCCUCCCUGCCGCCCUGACCACAGGCAUCAUCUACGCCCAGAGGAGGCUGAAAAAGAAGGGCAUAUUCUGCAUUAGCCCCCAGAGGAUCAAUGUUUGUGGACAAUUAAACCUCGUCUGCUUCGACAAAACAGGCACCUUAACGAGGGGAGGCUUGGAUCCUUGGGGAGUUGUACCCUGUGACCAGAAUGGAUUCCAGGCAGUCCACAGCUUUGCCUCAGGCAAAGCUCUGCCCCAGGGGCCACUGUGUGCAGCCAUGGCCAGCUGCCACUCUCUGAUUCUUCUUGAUGGGACCAUCCAGGGAGACCCUCUGGACCUGAAAAUGUUUGAAGCCACCAAAUGGGAAAUGACUGUUUCUGGCGAUGAUUUCCACAUCAAGGAAAUGCUGGCACACACCAUGGUAGUGAAGCCUACAGACAUGGUGGGCCAGGUCCCAGUGGAAGGACUCGCCAUUGUCCAUCAGUUCCCGUUCUCAUCAGCACUGCAGAGGAUGACUGUCAUCGUCCAGGAGCUGGGAGGUGGCCGACUGGCGUUCAUGAAAGGUGCACCAGAGAGAGUGGCCAGCUUUUGCCAACCUGACACAGUACCAACUAGCUUCAUUAGUGAACUUCAGAUUUACACAACACAGGGUUUUCGAGUCAUAGCUCUGGCCUACAAGAAGCUGGAAAUGGACUGCCCCACAACUACUUUGAUGAGGGAGAAGGUGGAAUCAGACCUGAUAUUUCUGGGAUUGCUGAUCUUGGAGAAUCGAUUGAAGGAAGAGACAAAGUCUGUGUUAGAAGAACUCAUUUCUGCCAGGAUACGGACUGUAAUGAUUACAGGUGACAAUCUUCAGACUGCAAUAACAGUGGCUAGGAAGUCUGGGAUGGUUUCCCAAGGCCAGAAAGUCAUUCUUGUUGAGGCGAAUGAAGCCACCGGUUCUUCAUCAGCAUCUAUCUCUUGGAAAUUAGUGGAAGAGAAGAAACCUGGUCCAUUUGGGAGUCAGGACACCUACAUCAACAUCAAAAAAGAAGUCCCAGAAAAUGGCAGCUACCAUUUUGCCCUGAGUGGAAAAUCCUUCCAUGUUAUAAGCCAACAUUUCAGCAGCUUAUUGCCAAAGAUACUGAUCAAUGGGACCAUCUUUGCAAGAAUGUCUCCUGGGCAAAAGUCAAGCCUGGUGGAAGAGUUCCAGAAACUGGACUACUUUGUAGGUAUGUGUGGAGAUGGUGCCAAUGACUGUGGGGCUCUGAAGAUGGCUCAUGUUGGCAUCUCUUUAUCAGAGCAGGAGGCAUCGGUGGCCUCUCCUUUCACUUCCAAAACUCCAAACAUCGAAUGUGUGCCGCAUCUCAUCAAGGAAGGCCGAGCUGCUCUCGUUACAUCCUUUUGCAUGUUUAAGUACAUGGCCCUGUACAGCAUGAUUCAGUAUGUUGGUGUUCUGCUGCUCUACUGGAAGACAAACAGCCUUUCAAAUUACCAGUUUCUAUUCCAGGAUCUGGCCAUCACUACUCUUAUUGGUGUAACAAUGAAUCUGAAUGGGGCCAACCCCAAGCUGGUACCUUUCAGACCGGCAGGGCGGCUGAUCUCACCACCUCUGCUGCUUUCUGUCAUCCUCAACAUUCUUCUCAGUUUGGCCAUGCACAUCGUGGGCUUCAUCCUGGUGCAGAAGCAGCCUUGGUAUAUCAUGGAGUAUCACAGUGUCUGUCCAGUGAGAAAUGAGAGCAUCUCAGCUUUAGCUGCAUCUCCCAACGUUCCUGAGAAGACCAGAAGUAACAGCACCUUUGCGAGUUUUGAGAAUACUACAAUAUGGUUUUUGGGAACAAUCAACUGUAUCGUUGUGGCUCUUGUAUUCUCUAAAGGAAAACCAUUUAGGCAGCCCACCUAUACAAACUAUAUAUUUGUCCUUGUGCUGAUUUUACAGAUGGGCGUAUGUCUUUUCAUUCUAUUUGCGGAUAUCCCAGAGUUGCAUAGGCGUUUGGACCUGCUCUGUACUCCUGUUCUGUGGAGAGUCUACAUUCUCAUCAUGAUCAGCUCCAACUUUGUUGUGUCCCUUGCUGUGGAGAAGGCCAUUAUUGAAAACCGAGCUCUGUGGAUAGCAGUCAAGAGAUGUUUUGGCUAUCAAUCAAAAAGCCAGUAUCGGAUAUGGCAGAGGAACUUGGCAAAUGAUUCAAGCUGGCCCCCACUAAACCAGACCUCCUAUUCUGACAUGCAGGGGGUGUCCUACAGCAACCCUGUGUUUGAGAGCAAUGAGGAGCAACUUUGAAGGAAAGCGAUAUCUAAACAGUUAUCAAAAUGAAGAUUAAAAGAACCUGUUUCAGAGAUGUUCAAGCAAUUUGACUCUUAACACUAUUAGUUGGAGUUUGGGGACUAAACUCCCAAGUCCUGGGACAGGUUAAAUUUGCUCAAGUGAAGUCUGUGGAGAACGAUGUCCCCAGAAGAUGGCUUUCCUCUGGCUUCUGAUGCAUUGGGUGAUACCUAUUGAACCAAGAACGGAGCAAGGGUUGCAAUGGGCCAAAAGACUGGCAGAUAUCAGAAGGAAAACAUAUCUUCUUAGGAUAAGUCUUUCAAAAAAAAUAAAAAUGAAAUGAGGGAAGGUCA